UAUUCAUUUUAGAGCUAUUUUAAAAACAUUUCGCUGAUGCACUUGACCUAUUUAAUAUGUGUGGCAACUGUUCUGCCUAUUCUUCCGCAUUUUUCUGAAGGACAAAAAAGAACGGGUUUGGUAACCGCACUUGAGGUAAAGAAAUGCCUCAAUGUUACAAUCCUAAAAAAUGUGAAUAAAAAAAAGUUAUUGGGUAUUUGGUUCGCAUAUGCAACAACACCAGUGAAUAUACCCGUCUAUAAACGUCGUUGUUCAUCGUAUAAUGUUAAGGAAAGUACCUAUUUCGAUACCAACAUCGUGUAUACGGACUACAAGCAAGUGACUAUCACCUACGAAUGCAAAUACAACGAUAUGACCAUGCUGAACGAUCUUAAAAUCCGCGUUUUAACACGCACUCGAACCCCUGCGGUCGAGAAUUUAAACAGAGCCCUAAUCUUUCUAGAUUCACUUUCAUUCCCAAUAAGUAAAUUGGAUUUCCUCAAGGCGAAAGCAUUCUGCUUUGAGUGGUACGAGUUGAAAUACCACUUGAAACCCCGACCGGGUCGAUUCAAUGCGCCCGUCAACCGGGUUUGGGAUCAUUGACGAUGUGGCCGUUGAUGACAGCAUGAAUUAAUGCAUAACUAUCGCUAAUUAUUACAACAUAAUCAAUGGAGGAGCUGCAGCCGUGGAGAGGAAAUCGUAUAACUUAAUUAGCCUGGGCUGGCCCAACCAAAAUCAAUUACCAACGACAGUUUCACUUGACUGAUUGGGUCCGGGUCCUUCAAGGAACCCAAUUGUGCUGAUUUCAGUGUCCUUGCUCCCAAAACUCACACAGAAAAUUAUAUAAAUAUAUACAUGUGCAUAUAUGGACACAUAAAGAAAAUAUAGACAUCCUAUUCCACUGAUUUGAAUUCCAUUAAAAUAAAACUAUUUGGAAAAACACCAUUCUUUAAAUGUAUAAUACAUCAACAAGAUGAAUUUACUUACUUACAAUAAGCAAACUUUAUAUUGAAGUGUCUUAUUGCUUAAUAAAAGCUACUUUUCUAAUAACAAAUAUA